CCCGGGCGCAGCAUCCUGGCGCGGGCCGGGGCAGCCGCCGCCACUGCCGUCGGGGAAGGUCCCAGAGCGGACAUGGCCUCGCGCGGCGCCAGCCCGGGCCCGAGCCCCCCGAGCCCCGCUUUGUAGCCCCCCACGGAGAGGCGGCCUCGACGGUGCCGACGGCGCAGACGGCCGGGCGGAGGCAUGGAGGCGGCGCACCUGCUCCCGGCCGCCGACGUGCUGCGCCACUUCUCGGUGACAGCCGAGGGCGGCCUGAGCCCGGCGCAGGUGACCGGCGCGCGGGAGCGCUACGGCCCCAACGAGCUCCCGACUGAGGAAGGGAAGUCCCUGUGGGAGCUGGUGCUGGAACAGUUUGAGGACCUCCUGGUGCGCAUCCUGCUGCUGGCCGCCCUUGUCUCCUUUGUCCUGGCCUGGUUCGAGGAGGGCGAGGAGACCACGACCGCCUUUGUGGAGCCCCUGGUCAUCAUGCUGAUCCUCGUGGCCAACGCCAUUGUGGGCGUGUGGCAGGAACGCAACGCUGAGAGUGCCAUCGAGGCCCUGAAGGAGUAUGAGCCUGAGAUGGGCAAGGUGAUCCGCUCGGACCGCAAGGGCGUGCAGAGGAUCCGUGCCCGGGACAUCGUCCCAGGGGACAUUGUAGAAGUGGCGGUGGGGGACAAAGUGCCUGCUGAUCUCCGCCUCAUCGAGAUCAAGUCCACCACGCUGCGAGUGGACCAGUCCAUCCUGACGGGUGAAUCUGUGUCCGUGACCAAGCACACAGAGGCCAUCCCAGACCCCAGAGCUGUGAACCAGGACAAGAAGAACAUGCUGUUUUCUGGCACCAAUAUCGCCUCGGGCAAAGCAGUGGGUGUGGCCGUGGCCACUGGCCUGCACACGGAGCUGGGCAAGAUUCGGAGCCAGAUGGCGGCAGUGGAGCCCGAGCGGACGCCGCUGCAGCGCAAGCUGGAUGAGUUUGGGCGGCAGCUGUCCCACGCCAUCUCUGUGAUCUGCGUGGCCGUGUGGGUCAUCAACAUUGGCCACUUCGCUGACCCAGCCCAUGGUGGCUCCUGGCUGCGUGGCGCUGUCUACUACUUCAAGAUCGCCGUGGCCCUGGCUGUGGCGGCCAUCCCCGAGGGCCUCCCGGCCGUCAUCACUACGUGCCUGGCCCUGGGCACGAGGCGCAUGGCACGCAAGAACGCCAUCGUGAGAAGCCUGCCCUCCGUGGAGACCCUGGGCUGCACCUCGGUCAUCUGCUCUGACAAGACGGGCACGCUCACCACCAAUCAGAUGUCUGUCUGCCGGAUGUUCGUGGUAGCCGAGGCCGAUGCGGGCUCCUGCCUUUUGCACGAGUUCACCAUCUCGGGUACCACGUAUACCCCCGAGGGCGAAGUGCGGCAGGGGGAUCUGCCUGUGCGCUGCGGCCAGUUCGACGGGCUGGUGGAGCUGGCGACCAUCUGCGCCCUGUGCAACGACUCGGCGCUGGACUACAAUGAGGCCAAGGGUGUGUACGAGAAGGUGGGAGAGGCCACGGAGACAGCUCUGACUUGCCUGGUGGAGAAGAUGAACGUGUUUGACACUGACCUGCAGGCCCUGUCCCGGGUGGAGCGAGCUGGCGCCUGUAAUGCGGUCAUCAAGCAGCUGAUGCGGAAAGAGUUCACCCUGGAGUUCUCCCGAGACCGGAAGUCCAUGUCCGUCUACUGCACGCCCACCCGCCCUCACCCUACCGGCCAGGGCAGCAAGAUGUUUGUGAAGGGGGCUCCUGAGAGUGUAAUCGAGCGCUGCAGCUCAGUCCGCAUGGGGAGCCACACAGCACCCCUGACCCCCACCUCCAGGGAGCAGAUCCUGGCAAAGAUACGGGAUUGGGGCUCAGGCUCAGACACGCUGCGCUGCCUGGCACUGGCCACCCGGGACGUGCCCCCGAGGAAGGAGGACAUGGAGCUGGACGACUGCAGCAAGUUUGUGCAGUACGAGACGGACCUGACUUUCGUGGGCUGCGUGGGCAUGCUGGACCCGCCGCGGCCUGAGGUGGCUGCCUGCAUCACACGCUGCCACCAGGCGGGCAUCCGCGUGGUCAUGAUCACGGGCGAUAACAAAGGCACUGCCGUGGCCAUCUGCCGCAGGCUUGGCAUCUUUGGGGACACGGAAGAUGUGGCGGGCAAGGCCUACACGGGCCGCGAGUUUGAUGACCUCAGCCCCGAGCAGCAGCGCCAUGCCUGCCGCACCGCCCGCUGCUUCGCCCGCGUGGAGCCCGCACACAAGUCCCGCAUCGUGGAGAACCUGCAGUCCUUUAACGAGAUCACCGCCAUGACUGGUGAUGGAGUAAACGACGCACCAGCCCUGAAGAAAGCAGAGAUCGGCAUCGCCAUGGGCUCAGGCACGGCUGUGGCCAAGUCGGCGGCAGAGAUGGUGCUGUCCGAUGACAACUUUGCCUCCAUCGUGGCUGCAGUGGAGGAGGGCCGGGCCAUCUACAACAACAUGAAGCAAUUCAUCCGCUACCUCAUCUCCUCCAAUGUUGGCGAGGUCGUCUGCAUCUUCCUCACGGCAAUUCUGGGCCUGCCCGAAGCCCUGAUCCCUGUGCAGCUUCUCUGGGUGAACCUGGUGACAGACGGCCUACCUGCUACGGCUCUGGGCUUCAACCCGCCAGACCUGGACAUCAUGGAGAAGCUGCCUCGGAACCCCCGAGAAGCCCUCAUCAGUGGCUGGCUCUUCUUCCGAUACCUGGCUAUCGGAGUGUACGUAGGCCUGGCCACAGUGGCUGCCGCCACCUGGUGGUUCCUAUAUGAUGCCGAGGGACCUCACGUCAACUUCUACCAGCUGAGGAACUUCCUGAAGUGUUCUGAAGACAACCCGCUCUUUGCUGGCAUCGACUGUGAGGUGUUCGAGUCGCGCUUCCCCACCACCAUGGCCUUGUCUGUGCUCGUGACCAUUGAAAUGUGCAAUGCCCUCAACAGCGUCUCGGAGAACCAGUCGCUGCUUCGGAUGCCGCCCUGGAUGAACCCCUGGCUGCUGGCGGCUGUGGCCAUGUCCAUGGCCCUGCACUUCCUCAUCCUGCUCGUGCCACCCCUGCCUCUCAUUUUCCAGGUGACCCCCCUGAGCGGGCGCCAGUGGGUGGUGGUGCUCCAGAUAUCUCUGCCUGUCAUCCUGCUGGAUGAGGCCUUCAAGUACCUGUCCCGGAACCACGUGGACGGCAUUCUCAGGACAGUCUCGCAGGCCUGGAGUAGGCAGCCGAUGACCGCCUCUUGGACCCCAGACCACACCGGGUUGGCCUCUUCGGUGUCACCUUGUGGAAAAAAAGAGCCAGAAGUGAGCGCUGGGAACGGAGUGGAGUCUCUGGGUGCGGCUGCCGCACUAUCUGCACAGCUGGGGGCCUCUGAGCCUGGUGGGCUCUCCUGGACUCUUGGCCACAUUCCUUGCCCCCUCCGCACGACACCCAUGAGCCGAAAGGAUGUCACUAAGGAUGGCUGAUUCCCCAAGGGCACCUGCUCUCCCUCCCCCCUGCUGGAGGAACGCGUCAUGUCAGAUGAGAGGAAGAUGGCCUUUGAUGGACAGAAUGUUUCUCUUAACUCAGCUUUUGCUACUUUGGCAACAACUAGCGAGGGAUAGCAGAAACGUGCGCCACGGACUGUCCCUGUGUCUUGGCCCCUCCUAGGGAGUGUGCAGACUGAUGAUUUUAUAUGUAAAUCAAGACUCACAUCCCUUUCCUAGCCCCCCACAUCCAAAGCCCCUCAGCCUACCUUGCAGACCAAUGGGCUCCGUGUUCUGUAGCCUCUUCCCCCAUACCUCCCCCUCCUCCCUCUCACAGGUUCUGGGGGGGCAGUGAGAGAAACAGUGGGGGAGGCGGGGAGUCUGGUGCCUGCAGAGAUUCUCUGCUUUCCUGGGGGGAGGUGGGGAGGUCUUAGCAGGAGCAGGGCCCUGUACCUACCUGCUGACAUGCUGUUUGGUAGAGAAAUAAAGGUUGUGUGUCUGGGGGAACAGAG